CCAAAGCAAUACUCCCUUGGUUUCCGGAACCAACUCCGCCGUCUUUUGUCUACUCAUGAAAAAGGAAUGGGCCGUAGACGGUAUGCCGUCAACACAAAUGAACAGAGACUCCCCACGGGUCCACCCCAGCCCCAGCCAGCAAGCAUCGGAUGUCGACCUACUCACAACCAAUCCACGGGAAUUGGAAACUCAAAAGUGUCGCGACAACGGGAAGUAUGGAGGGUUUGGAGGAGCGGAAUCCCAAGAGUUGCGCAGCGCUGGGAGUGGCUUGGCCACUUCAGCUCUGAGUAGAUGGUCGAACUUGACGUUGACGUUUUCCCUGAUUCUCGGUGGUUGCUGUGCUAAUGUCUUCGCUCUCGAGGCAAUUAUCAAGUAAGUUGAGAACAGCCUAGCUCCGGUCCCCUGAUAACGCUCGCCCAAUUCCUCCUGACUGCAAUCGUUACCGUUCCGGAUUUCAUUUCUCCAUCUGCCG